AUGUGGAAUGAGUCAGAGGUUCUAGUAGAUCGCAAGUCCAAGUUUCAAGGUCGCUGUUGUCGGAUUACAUCUCAAGAAGACAUUCCUAAAAUAUUAGACAAUUUACUGGGGACCAACAAAGCAGUAGCAAGGGCAUCGCAUCAGCACAUGUACGCAUGGCGUGUAGCAGAAGUUGCGUACGCGAAGAAUGUGAAAGCCGUAAAUCAAGUGAAAGAGCAUUAUACGAAUCUUCAGCAAGGUUCAAGCGAUUGUGGUGAGGCUGGAGCCGGUCGACGCCUUCUCACGCUUCUUGAAAACUACAAGGUUGUUGGUGUUCUUCUGAUUGUAACGCGAUGGUACGGAGGAACGCCACUGGGGCCUAAACGGUUCAGAAAUAUCUCGACGGUCGCUACCGAGAGUUUGAAAAGAGCCAACGUCAUAUUAUAA